CUCUUCUUUUUCUUUCUUUGUGCGGCCAAAAGCAGUAGGGCGGCUUCUACACUGAGCUCGCUCGCUCCCCAACUUUGACCGUCAUGGAUUUCUCCCACCUCUCCGACUCCGAGGAAGACUCCGCCGUAGAAGACCUCCUAUCCCAAGCCAAAGACUACAUCCUCCUCGAGCAGCUCUCCGCCAUCAACUGCUCCGGCUUCACCGACUCCGUCCUCCCCACCGACCUCGAGUCCCGCUUCUGCAGACUCAAGUCUUUCCCCGUCACCAAACACAAGACCACCGCCUCCCGCCCACCUCAAACCACCGCUUCGUUCCGCCAUGAUUCGGUUCAGGCUGAAAACCCAGAUGAGAAAAAGGCUCCUAAUCCGAAAUCACAGUCUGGGUAUGAGUCACCGCCUUUGGAAUCGUCGGAGUUUUCACCGGAAAAGGGAAUGACGGCUGCGAAACCGAAGCCAAAACAUGGGUCGGUUUCGUCUCGCUCGAAUUCUUCGAAUUCAUCUCCCGAUAGUGCAAUUUUCUCACCGGCCAAGAGAGUUUCAGGCAAGAAGCAGCGUUCUAAAUUGAAAUCGAAAUCUGGGUGGUUGUCUUCUCCGUUGGGUUCUUGCAAUUCGUUGAGGAAUGAUUCUCCUUCGCCGCCGAGGAAAGCCGGUUGCUUCUGGUGUUCUCCAAAGACAAAGAGUGCUUCUUCUCAGAGAAAGAGCAAGGAAAAUGGGGGUGUUGGUGGUGGGCUUGGUCUCAAUUUCAGCGACGACGAUGAGCUCUUGUCGGAUUUGGGAAGCUUUUCGAAGAAAGAGCAGAGCAAGAUGCUAAAGAAGGCGAUGAAGGAGGAAGAGAAGAUCAGUAGAGAAGCUGAGAAAAUUGUCAAGUGGGCUAAGCAAGAGUCGGCUAGAAUGAAUGUCACUGGUAUUGAUGAUGAACUUAGUGAUGAUUAGAAUAGUAUUACUACUAUGGUAAUUAAUCAUUUUGGUUUUGAUGGAAGCAAAUUAGCAAGUAUAGGUGGAAAUCUGUUUUUGUUUGUGUGUUCAUCUUAUAUAUAAGUAAUGGUAUACAUGAAAGCUGUGUUAUAGAUGGUGAAGUUCCUUUGAAUUGUUGAAAUUGAAUGAAAUGUGCAAGAAAAGUUAUCUUGAUACA